ACUCUGUAGCGUUUGAACCGGUGUUGCCGUCACGGUUUUCUCUAGUCUGUCAAACCGUUUGACGUUCGUCGUCGGGCUCGAGCAGGUUCAAAAGAACAGUGUCGCUAACUGGAUUUCUGUGAAACAACGCUCCGAAGAGGAAACGUGUGAGGGAUAGUGGAAAUUUUAGUGGUGUGUGCGUGCCAUCGCCAUAAACUUAACCAUCCUGGCGGCGUACCUUGAAGGACCCGCUAUUACACCCGUGGGGGCUUUUAGUUUAAGGGCCGCAAUAGCCCAUGUGCCUAUCGGGCCCAAUUUUGCUAACCUGCAUCACUCCACACACAGCAUAGGGAGAGGUGAGCCAGCAGCAGGAAUGCUGAUCGCCUGCGCAGGCUGCGACAAACCGAUCCUGGACAAGUUCCUGCUGAAUGUCCUGGACCGGACGUGGCACGCGGACUGCGUUCGGUGUUUCGAUUGCCACGCCCCUUUAACGGAUAAGUGCUUCAGUCGCGAAGGAAAACUCUUUUGUAGAACGGACUUUUUUAGGAGAUACGGUACGAAAUGUGGCGGCUGCGGCCAGGGAAUCUCGCCCUCCGAUUUGGUGAGAAAAGCGCGAGACAAAGUAUUCCACCUCAACUGUUUCACUUGUCUAGUAUGUCGAAAACAGCUCUCGACCGGAGAAGAACUCUACGUAUUGGACGACAACAAAUUUAUAUGCAAAGACGAUUAUCUGAGCGGAAAUAAAGUUGCCAGCAUAUCACAUCAACAAGAUUCAUUGUUGGGAUCGGCGUCCGAAGAUGAUGAGGACGACGAAAGCAGCACAGCCUCAUCUGUAUUAAAACAUCACACGAUACAUGGUUCCUUACCGCCAGCCCCCGGCGAAACUAACAACAAUUCUUUACCUCAUUCGGAUAUUAGUAAUUCGAUAGGACAGGACCCCAAAACGGAAAACGACUCGGAAGACCAGACCUCAUUGGAUGGAGAUCCAGAAACCCGGGACUCACAGACGGAAAACAAAAGUCCUGAUGACAGUGGCGCGGGGUCGAAACGUCGCGGCCCACGCACAACGAUAAAGGCGAAACAAUUGGAGAUCCUGAAGACGGCGUUUUCGCAGACACCGAAACCCACCCGACACAUACGGGAGCAAUUGGCUAAGGAAACCGGAUUACCCAUGAGGGUCAUACAGGUCUGGUUCCAAAACAAGAGGUCGAAAGAGCGACGACUCAAACAACUAACCUCGAUGGGUCGCGGGCCAUUCUUUGGGGGUUCGAGAAAAAUGCGCGGAUUUCCGAUGAAUCUCUCCCCAGGGGGUUUGGAAGACGGGCCACCUGGUUUCCCUUAUUUUGCCGAUGGAAAAUUCGAGUUCGGCUAUGGUGGUCCCCCAUUUCAUACCCAUGAUGGGCCUUUCUUCCCAGGACAUCAUCCUGGAAGCGGCCCCGGUGGUCAAGGUCUACCCUUCAACCAAGGAGGUAUGAAAUUUUGUGGUCCAAUGGAUCAUGGAGGUCCGAUACCAAUGGGUGGCGACUUUGGUGGUAUGCCCGGACAAGAACCGGGCCAAUUCAUGCCCCAACAACCCGGACCGGAUCAAAUGAUGCCCGGAGGACCCGGAGGUCAAGGGACUGGCCGGGGAGGAAGCCCGGAAUUUAUGUCCCCCAGCAAUUUCUCCGAUAACCCUCAACAACUAAAUGAAGGUCUGGUUUGGUAGCUGGCAAAGGCUCUAGCCAAACGAGCUAGAGAGUAAUAGUAAUAUAUAUUGGUGUAAAUAGCACUUUUGAGUUGAUGUAAAUUGUCGGCAUAAUCCAUACUUUUGAAAACGUCUUUAGUUCUAACACCGAAUCAGUAUUGUCAAUGGUUUUCUAUGGAUUAUGGUUGGCCGCAACCUAUUUAUGAUUUGCAAUAAAUAUUUUAGUGAAUUAGCCUCGCUUCCGUUGAUUUGAAAAAAUAUUUGAUUGGCAAACGUUUCGUGCAAGUGCGUCUUUAGGCAUAUGACACCAUCUUAUAGUCUUAAUUAUGUCGCCUUUAAGCAUUUAACACCCAACAACGACACUAAAGGCCAAAAAUCACACAAAACAUCCAACGCACAUGCUGUUGAAACUUCACAUUUCCAGUCAAAAACCACUAAAAUCCCAACAUUUUCAAUUUCAAUACACUUAUGAUUAGUUAACUGAUGUUACGCAAAGGCUAUAUGGCUUUGCGUUGCUUCUGAACUUUAUCGAUUAGAUGAACAAUAAGGCGCAGAUCAAUGUUUGGCUUUUGAGAACACCAAGAGCACAGUUGUAAAUAUAAGAGUAUUUUGCGAAAACAUUGAUUUGUAUGAAUGGAAAGUCGGAUGAAAAAUGUACAGGGUUUCUUUAUUGCGAAUAUUGAUUUUGCUCUUAAGCAGUUCGAUAGGGGUAAAAUAAAUGUACUUUUUUUUAAAUGUGCUUUUUAGUUGAUUUUACAUUAUUUUCGUAGAAAUAUUUUUAGGUUUACUUUGUUUUCAAAAUCUAAUUGCAUCUUUAAUUAAAAAUGAAUUAAUCCCAUUCAGAAUAUUCUCAUUACCUACUUUGUUGAAUUAUCCAUUGCACAUUAGUAAAAGUGCCAAGCAACUAAGUUCCAACUUAAUUUCUAGAGUAGCUUAUCCCGAGCUGCAAAGCUUAGCUGUACUAUUUGUAAAUGUAAAAAGUUAGAAUAAGUGUCAGCUUGUAAAUACCCAAAAAUAGUACAUGUUACAGUCCAUGUUGUUUAAAUAAUAUUUCGUAAAAGGGUAUAUCACUAUUGGCUUUCAGUUCAUCGGUCCCUUAAUAAGUGUUUUUUUGAAUUAAGUUUGGUUGUGGUAUACCCUUUUAUCCAGGGCUUUGCCGUUCAAAGUUAAAAAUUGUACAGAAGGUAUGUUACUAAUAAUGUGCUGUAAAAACAGAGCCAUCCGGAUAUAUUAGUGUAUAUUGUUACUUACUUUUAGAUGUCUUAUCAAUAUAAAACACAUUAUA